AUGGGUGGGGCUAUCCCCCAGGGGCAGGGCUAUUUCGCAGGAGGCGGGGCCUUCUGGAAGAAUGGGCGGGGCCUUCCUGGGCGGGGCUGGGCCAGGCGCUCUGCCUCACCUGCGCUGUUUCGCCACCAGGUCUGUGGCACUCGGUCCUCCAAGCGCAUCUCCAAGCUGGCCUAUCACCAGGGCGUGGUCAUUGUGACCUGCCCUGGCUGCCAGAACCACCACAUCAUCGCGGACAAUCUGGGCUGGUUCUCGGACCUGGAGGGGAAGAGGAAUAUUGAAGAAAUCCUGGCGGCCAGAGGGGAGAAGGUGUGCCGAGUGGCUGGCGAGGGGGCCCUGGAGCUUGUUUUAGAGGCUGUGGGGGCCCCCAAAUCCACUGCUGCUCCGGAAGGGGGUGAAGACCAGGAUCCCACCCACCCUGGCAAGACACAGUCCAGCUGACCCUGCCUUCUGCCUUUGAGAAGAAUGCUUCAGCCCUGGGCCUGUGUGGACUUGGCCUGUUUUCUGUCAAUAAACAGACAUCACUGGCA